GCAUGAAAUUUCUAAGUGCCUGUGUAUCAUGAAUUACCCUACGCCGGAGUAUAAAAAAUUUCCUCUUUUAAUAUGGAGAAUUUUGAGUCAUUCUCUUCAAAGAGUAGAAAUCCCUCGCGCUUUAUUUUUUUGCCAACUUCUCUUCUGGGUUCGAUCGCAUUUCUCAGAAUACAAAAUCUCGAAAAUGCUUCCUCUUUCUCUACUGAAGACGGCACAAGGGCAUCCGAUGUUGGUGGAGCUGAAGAAUGGGGAAACGUACAAUGGGCACUUGGUGAAUUGCGAUACGUGGAUGAACAUUCAUCUCCGUGAAGUCAUUUGUACUUCGAAGGAUGGAGACAGGUUUUGGCGGAUGCCAGAAUGUUAUAUCCGUGGGAACACGAUCAAGUAUCUUCGAGUUCCUGAUGAGGUGAUUGAUAAAGUCCAGGAAGAAACCAGCAAAAGCCGCUCAGAUAGGAAGCCACCUGGUGUGGGCCGUGGAAGAGGAAGAGGUAGGGAGGAAGGUGGCAGCGGCAGGCCUGCUAAAGGUAUUGGACGUGGCCAAGAUGAUGGUAGUAAAGGAAUGGGAGGUGGCCGGGGCAGGGGCGGACCAGGCAGUAAAGGCAGUGGCGGUAGAGGUGGUGGGCGUGGGCGUGGCUGAUGGUACGAGUUCAAAGGCGAGCAGGUCAUUUUUGAAGGAAGUCGUCUCGCUACAUGCACAACACAUGGUGGAUUUGAGAUUUCUUCACUUUUGAUUGGCUGGACUUCAUAUUGCUGGAAUAGAUGGAAGCAGGUCAGAAGGAAAUCUUGCUUCAGAGGACCAGAUGUACUUGCGAGAAAUUGCUUGAUGUUGGUUUCUUUACUUCUGUUUUGAUUUGGUGUAAUCCUUAUAUAUAUCUCAGGUGAUUAAACAAGGUGACUGCAGAAUUUCUGCUCUUCCAGGCAGCAUUCUCAUUCGCUGAUAUUUGAUUUUCUACUAAGUUCU